AUGUUGUAUGUUAUUGGCCUUGGACUGUCUGACGAGACAGAUAUUACUGUCAAAGGAUUAGAAGCCGUCAAGAGAUCCGAACGUGUUUAUUUAGAAGCUUAUACUUCUAUCUUGACUGUUGGCAAAGAGAAACUCGAAGCUUACUAUGAUAAAGAAGUCAUCGUCGCCGAUCGUGAAAUGGUCGAGUCAGACAGUGACACCAUUCUUGCCAAUGCAGACAAAAUUGACGUCUCUUUCUUGGUUGUGGGUGAUCCUUAUGGCGCCACGACUCAUACCGACUUGGUCAUUCGUGCUCGUGAACUCGGUAUUCCCGUCAAGGUGAUUCAUAAUGCCUCUAUUAUGAACGCUGUUGGUGCUUGUGGCCUUCAACUUUAUAAUUUUGGACAGACCAUUUCCAUCGUCUUUUUCACAGAGACGUGGCGUCCAGAUAGCUUUUAUGAUCGUAUCAAAGAAAACCAUCAGUUUGGACUUCACACCCUCUGCUUAUUGGAUAUCAAAGUAAAGGAACAAAGUAUUGAAAAUAUGGCAAGAGGCCGUCUCAUUUAUGAACCACCUCGUUAUAUGACCGUCAACCAAGCUGUGGAGCAACUGUUGGAAAUUGAAGAAAAACGUGGAGAAGGUGUUUGCAAACCCGAUGCGCUGGCGAUAGGGUGUGCACGUAUCGGCACAGAGACUCAAAAGAUCGUUGCGGGCACACUUGAGGAAUUGGUUGAUGUUGACUUUGGUGGGCCUCUUCAUUCGCUUGUUCUUGUCGGCAAGCGUAUGCAUGAAAUGGAAGCUGAAUUUGUAAAGGAAUAUGCUUGCAAUCCUGAAACAUUUGAUAUGAUUGUCAAAAGAGAUUAUGCUCAUUAA